AUGGACCAAUCAUCACCGAACCCUCCUCGAGAGCUACCGCGGUGGAUGCUGGCGGAGAUCUGGCUGUUGUGGCCGUUCCCACUCGGGUGGUUCUGGUUUCUGCUGAUCAUGCGCGGCCCGGAAACCGGCUUGCGGAGACUGGCGGUCAGGACGUUGGUCAACAUCGCUGGAUUCGUUCUCGAGGGCGUCAACGGUCUCAUCGUGGUCAUCGCGCUGGGCCAGCGGAUGUGGCGCACUUGCGGGAUGCGUCCGCACAGUCGAAGGCAACUUGCAGCAGCUUGGCGAUGCCAGCGACUCAAGCAAGUGCAGUCCGCACUCCUCGACGUCGCGGCAAAAAGCUCUAUCGACCUUGCAUCGUCCUCCGCCGCUCUCGCUGCGGCUGAGGCCAACGUCGACCUAAUCAGCGGGCAGCACAUCAAACUCGCGUCGACCUACCUGGGAACGCUCUCGGCUGCACAGGCGAGGGCUGAAGCGGGCCUACACGCCCUCUUUCAGCUUGUCCGGUUGUGGCGCGACGUCUUGAGCCUUCCCGCACCGAAGCUGCACUGUUCUAUGCGCGGAAAAGUACAGGAUAGCUCGAGGCGAGUCGAGUGGGAUGGUUCCGCAAUCGUCCUUCGCGCCCACUUCUACGGCGGACCGUCGUUCAUCUUCGUCAUAAACGCCAUGCUCCCUGGUGGCACUGUGCGGUAUAUCCUCCAAGAAGCACGCCGCUUCGAGAAGGCCGGUCGCCUGACGCCGUACGACGACCAAGUCGACCGCCUCGUCCGCGCCGUCCAGCACCUCGCAGCAACCGAGUUCUCCCGCUUCGAAUUCGACAAGCUCGCUAUCGCCGUCUACGACUUGCACAACGCCGAAGCCAAACACGCGCGAGGCGAAGCCGCGUUGCACGAUGCCAUCCUCUCGACGAUCCUCCUCCACCGCGAACUCGAGCGCAGGACGGUCGAGCUGCGCCACGCCUUCUUCGACUUUGACCGCGGAUGCGAGCACGACGUCGAGCUUGGUGCUGGCUCGUUGCGCCGCUCAGCUUGA